AUGGAACCACUCACCCUGAGACCCCGAAGCCCAGUUGAGAUGCCCGACGUGGAAAACUGGGACGACGAUGAUUUCGAGAAUCUCGAAGAUGUGCAUUUUCGUAGCGCUUCCACCGCGACUUCGAUUGUUUCACAUCCUCAAACAAACCACCGAGACUCAGUCUCAUCGCGCAUGUCGCUGCGCUCAGAGUCGAACCAAGGCGAUGAAAAUUGGGACGUCAUUGUUGAUGAACAGGCCUCAAUAAAAGAUGCAGUUGCUCUCGCAAAGAGCAAAGGAAUACCUUUACCAGCGAAUGUACCGCGUUCCGCUCUUGAAGGGGGAACGAUUCGACGGUUAAAAGGCAAGGAAAUCAAGAAGGCCAUUGCCGAUGACUGGUCUGAAGAUCUUGACUUGCCCGGCACGGACAUGCCUCUCAAGCUCGCCAAACACGAUGAGCGUGAUCUCUCGGAGAGUCUGCGACAAAUCAGCGCAGCUUUCAGAACGUCACCAAAAUCUCCCGAUGCAAAGGAUCUCCUCGAUAAUACGAUACGAUCUCCAAAGUCUCGGACAAUAGCUACUCCUAUCACAUUGGAAGCUUUCAGAGACACGGAAGAGGAUGCUGGGUUUGGCGACGUGCCAACGAUAAAAGUUGCAAAGCAUAGAACUCCUCAAAAGCCAUUGCUAUUUGAGCAACCCCCGACUCCUAUCAAAGCGGAAGCCGACAAUAUUGAAGAUGAUCUGGAGUUGCCACCUGAUGGUCAGCUCAGAUUGUCGACAAGGAAAUCUCCUCAAACCCCACAACAGAGCGACGACUUCGACUUGGAAUGGGCCGAGGGCAGCUUAGGUACAAGGCAUGCAGGAACGAAGAGAGGCGGACGUUCUGCUCGCAGUUCUUCUGCUUCGGCUCUCAGCCCAAGCGUUUCUAGUGCCUUCACAGCCGAGAGCGAAGACGAAGGUCUUGAUGGGCUCAUUCUUCCGGACGGUCCUCUCAAAUUCGAUGACAAACUGAAACAGAGGCAAAAGGAGCUUGAUACAGAACGAGUGGCUCAUACCGAACUUAAACAUGAGCUUAAGCGAGUUUCUGGGAAAGAUGACUUCUUCGCUGGCCUUGACAUUGGUGAUGGAGAAGUUUUUGAUCCUGCAAAGCUAACCCUCAAUCGCAACAUCAAACACAAAACUACAAGACCUGCGAGCCCUAGCAAGAGGACCACUACUACCCUGAGUUUUACGACAAGUAACAAACUUCCUGGCCCAACGAUAUCGAGGUUGCCUAGGUUCCAACCCGAACGACAUGAGCGCGCUCGUUCCCACCUGGAACCUGUCUCGGAAACGGGCGCUGCAAUCUUGUCAUAUCAACGACCUGGUUCACGUCUUGGAAGUCAUCCGUCAGUCUCAGCAAUUCCCGGUCCUUCCACCCCUUCUACUCCUUCUACACCCAGCAGACGACUUCUACGGAGUGCCGAGUCACGUCCUGAUCUACGGUACCAGCAGCCUACUACCACUAACGCCGAUCUUCUGCGCGCUAAAAGAUCCAUGCCCGCGAUGCGCGGCAUGCAAUCACCCACCAAGACCCCUUCAACAUAUGCUAGACCUCCUUCUCGACAAGAAGCUGGCAGCCGUUUGAAUCUCCCCUCGCGGCCAAAGACUCCGACCGCUACUGAUCGUGCCGAGUCACGUCUGGGAGACAGCAGAAAGCCAACAGUUCCGUUCAUCCCGGCUGGUGCAUCUGCUGGACAGUCUCAGCAUAUCAGCAUCAAAAACACCAGCAACCCCCGUCACUAUCGUGGUCAAGGUUCGGAUGGAUCUGGAGACAGCAUGUCUGCUGCGCAAAGAUCACUAUCUCGACUCGCUGGUCUCGGGCGACCCGAGACGCCUGGCCGUUCCGGACGCAGUUUUCUGGCUCCUGCUGAGCUGGCCGCACAAGCAAAGAAAACAAUUACAAAACCUGCCAGGCGGCGAAAUUAUGGUGAUGGGACCGAAUUGGAAAUCUUCGACGACCUUCCCACCUCAGCAACUCUCGAGUCGAAGUUCACCAAGGCCCCCAUCGCUCGCGGAGCACCUCGAAGUCUGAGAAGCAAGCUCGGUCUUUCACACCUUAACCCAUCGACUUCGUCACUUGGUAGUACCAGGCGCGGAAGUGAUACACCCACCCCGGCUACCCCUAUGUCACCACCUAGAGGAGACUUCCCAACUACUGCGCUCAACACGACCAACAUUCCUCGAUUUGCUCGUGACACUGCCGCAUCACGAAACGCUCGAGAACAGCGGCAGAUUUCAAUGACGUUCCAGAAUAUGCGUGGCGAACCUCUUCAACCUAUCUCCACCAAUUGGAAGUCAGCUACACCGGCAUCCCGCCAGAAUCAAGCAGGAAGUUUGAGGAAAAAGAAGAGCGACAAGCAACAGAAGCCGCACCUCAUCAAGGCUCUUGGUGCCGAUGUCAAUCGGCCAAAAUCAGAGAAAGGCAUGCACUACAAUCCUCUGCUCUUUAGGUGGGAAGGGAAUGAGAAUGCAUUGGCGCCGUUUGACGUGCCCGAUUUUCAUCCCAGAGGGGCAAGCCCCGGCGCUCAUGGUUCAGGCCAGCCAAGCCCUGGGACCAAAGCCAAUCUUGCGCUGAUUUCCAACGUUGGUUCGAGCGUGACAGGCAUUCAGGUUGUAGGUGGUAUGGUGUUUGAUCCAAGUCAAAUGCGGUGGCUGAAACUCGCGGAAAAUGCCGAUGCAACCACUGCUGGACUUCGUAGUGGAAGCGUGCAGAUUGAAGAGGAAGAAGAUGUUUUCGCGGGGCUUGAGGACCUGAAAGAAGAAGAUGAGACGAGAAGCCGAUCUGGAACGUUGGGCAUGCAGAUGCCUUCAUCUGGUGCAGGGCCACAAAUCGACGGAAGACGAGAUUCGUUUGGCGAUGCUGAUGGUGGACACAGUAGUGGUGACGAGUGGGGCUUGAGCGAAGAGUUUGAUGUUGGGCCUGACUUUGUCAGGCGUCAACGGACUGAGGAAGAGCGAUGGCGUCGGAAGGUUGAGAAGUGGUUGAGACGAGAAGGGGAGAGCGAAGACGACGAAGGCCCAGACGGGAGAGGUGGUUGGAGGUGGGCAAUUCGAGAGCUCGUCAUGGCACAGGGAGAGCAAUGA